UCCACUCGGCUGUAUUUUUCAGCGACGCAAAUCAAAAUGGCUUCCACUCAGCAACCGGUCUGCCAAAUUUUCUCAUUUCAGGACUGUAAAACGUCUCCCGACCCGAUUUAUGAGCUCCCUGCCCAACGUCUUUCCUGUACACAAGCCCCUCUAGUGAUUGAUAACGGCUCAUUUCAGACCCGGGCCGGGUGGGCCAUUCCGACGGCGGACUUUGACUCUCCGCGUCUGCUCUUCAGGUCGGUGGCUGCGCGAAGCAGAGGAGCUGCUCGCAGCGAGACGCAAAUCGGUAACGACAUCUCGAACCUGGAGCCCCUGCGGUGGCUGCUGAAGAGCCAGUUCGACCGGAACGUGGUGGUGAACUUCGAGAUCCAGGAGCUGAUUUUCGACCAUGUGUUUACGCACCUGGGUAUCGCCUCAGAGGGGACUGUGGAACACCCCAUCGUGCUGACAGAGGCGCCAUGUAACCCACUGCACUGUCGGCAGAUGAUGUCGGAGCUGCUGUUUGAGUGCUACCACGUCCCUUACGUGUCCUAUGGUGUGGACGGACUGUACAGCUUCUACCACAAUAACAAAAACAUCCAGCCACCUCAUACCAGCAUCAUUCUGUCCUCGGGUUAUCAGUGCUCACACAUCCUACCCGUUAUCAAUGGCAGGUUGGAUGCAGUGAACUGUAAGCGAGUGAAUGUGGCUGGGAGCCAGGCAGCUUCAUAUCUGCAGCGCCUCCUUCAGCUCAAAUACCCAGGUCACCUUGCAGCCAUCACACUCAGCCGCAUGGAGGAACUGCUGCAUGAGCACAGUUACACUGCUGUGGAUUAUCAUGAAGAAUUGGAAAAGUGGCGCAGCCCGGAGUUUUAUGAGCGGGAAGUUCACCGCAUGCAGCUUCCCUUCUCUGGGAAGUUGCCUGGUGGCUGCGUAAGUGUGGAGGAAAGGCAGGAAAGACGAGCUCAGCAGCUUCGCCGGCUUCAGGAGAUCAACGCUCGCCGGCGGGGGGAGAAGCUGCAGCAGGACCAGGAAAGGCUGGACAGACUUCUGGCAAUACAGGAGCUGCUGGAGGAUGGACUGUUGGAUCAGUUCCAUAAGAGCCUGGUGGAGCUCAACAUGGACUCAGCUGAGGAACUGCAGUCAUAUAUCAAUAAAUUGCAGUUGGCUGUGGAGCAGGGGAGACAGAAACUGCUGCAGAGUGAUGGAAUGGAGGGUAAAACUGAGGUGGAGCUAGCGAUGGAUGAGGGAGAUGUAGUGGCCCUGAUGGAUCCUGAUUUUCCUGAGGACACACUACCAGACAAAGCGGCCAAUGUGGUUCAGCCCAUGUUCAACAUGGCAGAGUACCAUCAGCUCUUUGUAGGAACAGAACGUCUACGAUGCCCGGAGAUCCUGUUUCAACCGUCUCUGACUGGAGAGGACCAGAUGGGGUUAAUGGAGACACUGCAGUAUGUCCUUGCCAGGUACACUCCAGAGCAGCAGGAGGCGCUGGUGAGCAAUGUUUUUCUAACAGGAGGAAACAUGCAAUACCCUGGGAUGAAGGAGAGAGUGGAGAGAGAACUGCUGGCUUUGAGACCCUUCCAGUCACACUUUAAGGUGACCAUGGCAUCCCAACCAGCCCUGGAUGCUUGGUACGGGGCUAGAGACUGGGCCUUGGAGCAUCCACCAGAAGGUGAUGCAACAGCACCUGAAGGGUGGAUCAGCAGACAGGACUAUGAAGAGAAAGGAGGCGAGUAUCUGAGCGAGCACUGUGCCUCCAAUGUCUUCAUACCCAUGAAGCUCACCAAACCGGUUCCCGUUCGCCCCAAUGAGCCUUUGCUGACAUCUGCAGGAGCUUCUGCAGCUGUUGCCACGGUUACACCUACCAUGACUCCUGCUGAGGUUUCUAUGGUUACCUCGUAGACUCAGAUUGCAGAUAUCUUGAUGUUCUGUGAAUUGUUUAUUAUUUUACUUCAGUUUCUGACUUUUGCCAUUUCCUACCAUGCCUUUCAGCAACCACCACAAAAAACUUUAGUUAAAAGCCUAAAACAAAAAGUUUUUAUUGUUGUUGAUUUAGAAAGCUAGAACUGUGCCUAAACAUGAUUCUAACUGUAAAGAUGAUCUUGGACAUUUCACUGUUGAAUACUCAAAGUUCAGUUUAGGUUCAUCAGCAGGAUGUUUGUGAAUAAUACCUUUAUGUUUGUAUGUACCAACAACAUCUACAUUCAGUAGCUAUCUCUCUAUCUGGACAUACUGCUACUGACAGUUUUUAUUUGUGUGAAUCCUUUCUUCUCUUAUGACCUUUGUAAUUCCAUCCUUGGGGAAAGAAUGAGAAACCGUUCAUAUUGAAUGGUCAUCAAGUUACUGAUGUUGAAUUCUUGAAUAUGAACAAUUUGUAUAUCAUUUUGUAUGUAAAUUUGCUGUUUGUUUUUUAAAAUGUAUUUUCACUAAUGAAAACAAAACUGGCUGAUAGCACCUGUUGCAGACAGCAGAGUGUUACACUGUAAUCGGUCCCAUAUGGUGAAAUGACCACAUAUUCGCGGCAGUACAGAGUUGCACCACUAGAUGUCGCAAGUUGAAUUGUCUUUGUCCUUUUCAGUGGGCACAACAGUUUGUUGUGGCUUUUCUAUGCAGUAUUACAGUACAAAAGGAACUUCCUUGGUAGUCUUUUGUAUCAACAGCACGUGACAGCAGGUCAUUUAAUUCUUGACCCAUCAUAAUUUACAGGCAUGAUACGUACAGCUCAGUUCUGUCUCUGCCGAAUCUAAAGGUUUGACUCAUACUUAGUACCUGUCCGUUGUCUUGCAGGUAUUUUUUAGGCACCGUUUUGCCUGUUCAUGUUCCACCCAGCAGUCUGUGUGCUAAUAGUAUUAUGUAGUCUUAAACUGUGUCACAGCUCAAGGCUCAGGCGAUUUACCUCAAGCAGCAGUGUGGUAACCACACACGCAGCAGCCUGGUUUCCACAGCAGGGCAGAGUAGUGCUAAUCAGAGCGAGGCCAGGCCUGUCACUGCAGGGGGAUUGGCUAAAAUUUAACAAGAGAUUAAAGCUAAACAACAAGGCAAUCUUUUAUCUAUGGAAGCAAGUAAAUAGGAUUUAUUUUUAUGCUUAGAUUAUACUUCUGCAAGUAUGUAAAAAAAAAAUCUCAAUUGCAGGUUUGAAGGUCUGCCAUUGAAGCUGUUAUUUGUUAGCCAGUAUCCUCUUGGUGAGUAAUCAUUAAAAGCAGUUUAAGCGUUUUGGGAAA